AUGCUUGGGAUUGUCAACAAGUUGUACAACCAUGCCAAGCCCUCUGCCGAGAGUAGCAGCAAGACCUCUAUCUACGUGAGGCAUUGUAGAGCUCUUCAGGAGCAAAAUGUAAGACGGUCAGCCUACUUCGACGGUGCUCUCGAGGGUAACAGCUGUUCGCGAUUGCUCCGUGCUGUGGCCUUGGAUAAGAUACCUUUCGCUAAGAAGGCUCUACCCUUUGUGGAAGCGCUGAAGGCUUUCUACCACUUCCAACAGAAAUGCCUCGGGAAUCGUCGAUUGCCUGGUUGGAAAGAGUCCAUAAAUGAGUUUGGUACUGCAUGGGAUGCAACCGGUUUGGCUCCAACUCUCAAAGUCCACAUCGUGCUCCAUCAUGUAGAGCAGUACCUUUCAUAUUACGAGUCUCUGCCUGAUGCUGGGCUUGGUAUCUCUUCGGAGCAAUCCGGCGAGGCUCUACACGCAAGACUCCAACGUGUCUGGGAUCUGAGGUUCAAAGUGGAUCCUAAGAACAAGAUUUUUCCGGAUCGUCUCAUGGACUGCAUGGUCUCGUACAACUGGAACUUGAAGUGGGAUGAAGCCGAGAGGAUGGGGGAGGUUGGCGAUGAUGAUUCGCAGAUCUGUAGUCUAGAGAGUGACAGCGAAACUGAUGGUGUGGAAAAGCUCGUCAGAGUCGAGCUACGAGCCCAUCACCACUGA